GCCGGUGCCCGCCCCCGGCGUGGCGGUUCCGGCAGCGCGGCGUUCCGCCGGCUGCUGCGACCUGGCCACGGGGUCCUCGGUUCUCUGAGGGUCGCACGGCGCUGGCGCCACCGCGAAGGAGAGUCGGACCGAAGUCCAGCCCGGGCCUGGGACCGGAGCCGCAGCUCCCGGGGUACGCGAGAUUCUGGCGAACCGGGGUGGCACGAGGGCUCCCGGUAAUCUGCCGGCGGAGACGGCCGGGGCAGGCGGGCCCCGUCGCAGGCACGGAUGAGCUCCCUCGGGUGGUCGGGAGUCACGCGCUGGGCUGAAUCCAUGGCAUACAGAUGAGCCCUCUGCAGAGGGGAGGAACACUCUCUGCCCCCAGGUCAGGGAAACAUGUCCCGUCGGAAACAGACCACUCCUAACAAAGUUCACUGGGAGCAAGUCUUUGCAGGGCUGGAGGAGCAAGCCCGCCAAGCCAUGAUGAAAAAUAACUUUCGUGGAACUCUUGGGGACCAAAGGCCAACAAUUCGUCCACUCCAAGACCCUGACUCCAGCAGCAGUGGCAGCGAUGAUGAGGAAACCACUCAGGAUGAAGUUUCUUCCCAUACGUCUGAGGAAGAUGGCUCAGUGGUGAAAGUGAAGAAGGAAUUAGAAAAUGCAGAACGACCUGUGGCUGGAACCCCAUUGAUAAGAGAAAAUGAGGUGCCUGAGAGUGGGAACGCUGAGCCCGUACUGGGACUGUCACAAUGCCCCCUCUGCCAGCUCGAGUGUGGAAGCAGAGAUCAACUUAUUGCACACGUCUACCAGCACACUGGAGCGGUGGUGAGUGCCAAGAGCUACCUGUGUCCUGUGUGUGGCAGAGCCCUCAGCUCCCCAGGAUCCCUUGGGAGACAUCUCCUGAUCCACUCAGAGGACCAGCUGUCCAACUGUGCAGUUUGUGGAGCACGCUUCACCAGCCACGCCACCUUCAACAGGUCAGGGUCACCCUGGCCAAUGAGUGGGCUAGGUAGCACAUUAAAGAUUAGUGAGAAGCUGCCAGAGGUGCUCAGUGCGAAUCGGCUGCCGGCACCACAGAGCCAGGGCCCCUCCAGCGCCGAGGGUAAGGAUGUUGCCUUCUGCACCCCCGUGUAUCCCGCGGGCAUCCUGCUGGUGUGCAACAACUGCGCCGCGUACCGCAAGCUGCUCGAGGCACAGAGCCCCGGUGUGCGCAAGUGGGCCCUGCGGCGCCAGAACGAGCCCCUGGAGGUGCGGCUGCAGCGCCUGGAGCGGGAGCGCACAGCCAAGAAGAGCCGGCGGGACAAUGAGACGCCCGAGGAGCGCGAGGUGAGGCGCAUGCGGGACCGGGAGGCCAAGCGGCUGCAGCGCAUGCAGGAGACGGACGAGCAGCGGGCGCGGCGGCUGCAGAGGGACCGGGAGGCCAUGCGGCUGAAACGCGCCAACGAGACCCCCGAGAAGCGACAGGCCCGGCUCAUCCGCGAGCGCGAAGCCAAGAGGCUCAAGCGGCGCCUGGAGAAAAUGGAUAUGAUGCUCCGGGCACAGUUCGGCCAGGACCCCUCUGCCAUGGCUGCUUUGGCAGCUGAGAUGAACUUCUUUCAGCUGCCAGUGAGCAAUGUGGAGCUGGAGAGCCAGCUGCUGGGCAAAAUGACCUUUGAGGAGCAGAGCAACAGUGCGUUGCACUAAACCACAGCCAAGAACUGUGCUGCCUUUGCUGCACCUGCCACAUGUGCACUAGCAGGCUUCUGCGCCCAGGAGGCUGCUGUGGGUCCCUGCCUGACCCUCCCUGACAGGUGGUUCUGGUUUUCCUCUGAACCCAGGAGGAGAACAGAGCUGAGAGAUGCCUGCCAAAGCAGCUCUGGUGGGAGCAGAUUCUGAGGAUACAGUCUGCUCUGGGGGCCAAGUCACAGCCUGUGACAGAACAAAAAUAAAUUAAUGUAUUAAUUAACAUUAA